AUGGAUUUCGACUUAGAUCCAACUUUAAAAGAGUUGAUCCAACAAGAUACGCUAAAGUGGAUAUUUGUGGGAGGUAAAGGAGGAGUCGGCAAAACCACUACAUCAUCGUCAAUCGCCGUGCAACUAGCAUUGCAACACCCGGACUCGGAGUUUUUGCUAAUUUCUACUGAUCCAGCACACAAUUUGUCAGAUGCAUUUUGCCAAAAGUUCGGCAAAGAUGCUAGAAAAGUUGAAGGUUUGCUGAAUUUGUCAUGCAUGGAAAUCGACCCUGAAGCUGCCAUGAGCGACUUGCAACAACAAGCUCAGCAAUACAACAACGACCCCAACGACCCUUUGAAGAGCAUAAUGAACGACAUGACUGGGUCGAUACCUGGUAUCGAUGAAGCCUUGUCGUUUAUGGAAGUCUUGAAACACAUCAAGAACCAAAAAGUUGGUGAAAAUGACAGCAAGGACAAGAUCUCGUAUCGAACAAUCAUCUUUGACACUGCUCCCACGGGACACACGUUGCGUUUCCUACAAUUGCCUUCCACCUUGCAGAAAUUGUUGGGCAAAUUCCAGCAAUUAUCGGGCAAAUUGGGGCCCAUGAUGAGCAUGUUGGGCGGCGGAGCCGGAGGACAACAGGAUAUGUUUGAAAAAUUGAACGAAGUGCAGAAAAACGUUGCCGAGGUGAAUGAACAGUUUACCGACCCUGAGUUGACUACAUUUGUCUGCGUUUGCAUUUCAGAGUUUUUGUCGCUUUACGAAACGGAAAGAAUGAUUCAAGAGUUGAUGUCGUACAAGAUGGACGUCAACUCCAUCGUGGUCAACCAAUUGCUCUUUGCCGAGGACGACGAACACCCCUGUCUGAGAUGCGUAAGCAGAUGGAAGAUGCAGAAGAAGUACUUGGACCAAAUGGCCGAACUUUACGAAGACUACCACUUGGUCAAGAUGCCCUUAUUGGGGACUGAAAUCCGCGGGGUUGAAAAUUUGAAAAAGUUUUCCAAGUUCUUGUUGGUGCCCUAUGAUCCAAAGAAAGACCGUGGUCUCAUCACCGAGAUGAAAGAGCAGUAG